AUGUUUUAUAAAUUCGGCUUAGAAGCUUUCAAUGGAGCGAUUGUUACAUUAGCGACGAAUCGAUAUGAUCAGGAUGCUUUCAACAACCAAAAACCAUCGCAAACGUUUCAACGAAUUGGUCUACUCUCUGGUCUCAAUCAAGCAUUUCAAUGUGUCGGCUCCAUUCUCAUUGCACCAUUAGUUAAACGCUGGCCAACACGUACUGUUCUCUCUGUAUCGAUCGUCGUUUUUGGUAUUUUUACAGCCAUUCUAAUGAUUAUUGAUAGUGCCACUGGCGGACACAUUAAACCAGAGAAUUUUAAACCGAAACAUAAGAAUGAUUUCAGUUAUUAUGGCCGUUACAAUUCAGAUUUGAUCAUUCCAAUUUAUUGCAUUACUGGAAUCGCUUAUGGAAUGGUCGAAUUGAUUCGACGCAUCAUUCCUCGAGAUAUUGUUGGUGGUGAUGUAGAAAAAUUACAAAGAAUGGAUUCAUUAGUUCAUAUUUUCUAUGAAGUAUCAGGCACUGCUGGAGCUUUUUCUACUGCACUCGGGCUAAUUCCUCGACUAGGAAACAAUUAUGCCUUUAUCAUAACACCUAUUUGUUUCACAGCGUGCGGAAUCAUUUGGCUUUUCCUCGGUUCUCUGAAAUUUUCCCGAGCUCAAAGUGAAGAAGCCGAUGACAACGAGUCGAAUUAUGUGAAAUCCGUUUUGAAGAAAAUUUUUCUCUUCGGAAAAUCGGCUUAUAUUGGUGGCAAACUUAUUUUUACGAAACGCCAAUUCAUAUGGCUGUGGAGUGGUUAUUCAGUGGCACUCUACGCCCAUCGUUACCUUGAAAAUGGUAUAGCUCCACAAGUAGCAAAACGGUAUAUGGAAAAUUCUGCGUGGUCACAAAUUAUUGUUGGUGGCUCGAAUUUCGGCGAAUUGAUCGGUGCAUUUUUCGUCUUCAUUUUUGCCCGUACCAUUCGUACACCAAUCCCUUGGCUUCGUCUAGAUGCAGUACUUUUAAUGAUUGUUUGGUAUAUUCCUUUCUUCUAUCCUCCAGUAAAUGAGGUCAAAUAUGCUUGGAUAAUGGCCGCCACCUUCAUUCCAAUUUCAUUUGGGUGGGCUGCUGGUGAUGUUUCACUUGGUGCUUAUAUUCAAUCAUCAUUAACAAGUGUUGGAUCCAUCGACAAAAACAUUUCACCGCUAGGUGCUGUCAUGGCAUUUCUCUACUCGUCCUAUAUCAUUCUCUAUGCCGUUGCUAAUCCAUUGCUCGGAAUCUAUAUCGAUAGUGUUUAUAAUAAUCAGGGUACUAUUAGACCUGCAUUGAUAUAUACAGCCGGUGUGCAAUUUUCGAUCGUAUCGAUCAUGGUUUUUGCCUCUACUUUUAUCCCGAAAGGUUCAAUUACUUUCAACCCACGAAUGCUCGCUGGACAGGAUUCUAAUGAAGCAAAUAUACGAGAUCAAAACGUUGAUGAUGUUCAUACUGUCGAAGAUUUUGCGAAACAACGUCAGUCUAUACAUGACUUAGACGAUCUAGCUACAUACUUUUGA